AUGCACUACUGGGACAACAGACUCAAGGCCAAGGGCGGUAGAUUUGACUCAGCGUUAACGACACUCGAAUCGUUUAAGCCAAUGCUCGGGGCCAAGGACGCCGUGAUACAAAGAGUGAAGGGAUACCUCGAAAAUGCGACCACGACUCGAUUUCUGAUUGAAGUUGGUAAGGCGCUGGAGAAUCUGAUCAGAUGCCUCCGAACAUUUGUAUCUGUGUUGAAGAAAAGGAGGCGACCUAUGGUCAUUAUUGGUGAUGGUGACUUCAAAAACAAGAUAUCUUUUGCAGAUAUCCCUAGAGACUCCAACCUCCGGGCCGCUCGAUCAUCUGUCCUGACCGGUCUCCAGCGCGAUCGGGAGCGCAACGCUGACCAGAACAAGACUUCAACGCCCGGUACGCUGAAUUGGCAACCUGUCAAGGAGCAAAAAGCUCAUUAA